GAGAGAAGUGUAGAGUGAAUAUAGUUGAGCCCUGAAAGUACAUCCCACUGCUUAGUGUCAGCUGUGAGUCAGAGAGCAAGAGAGAGAGAGAGAGAGAGAGGGGCUGGGUCUUGGUCUUGCAUGGGCAGGUUACAAACUGCAUGCAGCCACCUGAAGACCAGGCAGUCGGAGCGAAAGUUUUUCCAGUGUGGUGUGUUGAGGUGAGGUCAGGUGGGUGUGUAGUUGACGUCGCCGUGGACUGUGCAUGCAUGGUGGAGCACGUUGUGGCGUUUGUUUGGUCGUCUCUAUGUAUAAGUAUGAAAGUAGCUCCCUGAGCAGUAGCUGCAGAGGCACAGAGAGGAUUUUGCCCGCUCCAGCUCCUUCCUAGCAAAGCCGCCGAGAGGGAAAAGAUGAAGGAUGCCAUCAGCAGCGCCCUGGCAGACUUCUUCUUCGAGUACGAGACCCCCCGGCAGGUCCUGGUGCGGAGCAAGCGUGUGGGGAUAGUGUGCCGGCUCAUUCAGCUCGGGGUCCUGGCUUACAUCAUUGGGUGGGUCUUCAUCUAUGAGAAGGGCUACCAGAUCGAGGACACUGCCAUCGGCUCCGUCCUGACUAAGAUGAAGGGAGUGGGCUACACUAACGUGAGCGGACAGGAGAGGCUGUGGGACGUGGCAGACUAUGUCUUCCCAGAACAGGGUGACGCUUCGUUCGUGGUCAUGACGAACUACAUAAUCACCGCAGGGCAGAGACAAGCCAAGUGCCCAGAGCUUCAAGACGGCAAGCAGCGCUGCACCUCAGACAGUGACUGCGAAGAGGGAAGAUACAAACGGCACAUGACAGGGAAAUGUGUCAACCAAACGGAGACCUGCGAAGUGUUCGCCUGGUGCCCUGUGGAAGACGACCGCAAAAUUCCAGAGCCCCCUCUAUUGAUGGCUGCAGAGAAUUACACACUCUUCAUCAAAAACUCCAUUACCUUCCCUCAGUUUGAAGUUGUCCGGAGUAACCUGGUUGAGGGUGUGGACAGUAAGUACCUAAAGAAGUGUCUCUACCACGAGAAAAACGACCCACUCUGCCCCAUCUUCAAACUCGGAGACAUUGUGAAGCUGUCUGGUUUCACCUUCCAAGAAAUAGCUGUUGAGGGUGGGGCGAUUGGCAUUCUCAUCGACUGGAUUUGUAAUCUGGAUUAUAGUCUGAGACACUGCAAACCGAAAUAUUACUUCCACGGCCUCUACGGUAAAGCCGGCGAAGCGGACAAGGCCAGAACUUCACUUGGCUACAACUUCAGGCAUGCAAAAUAUUACACUGAGGACAGAGUGGAGAAGAGAACGCUGAUGAAAGUGUUUGGCAUCCGCUUCAAUGUUAUUGUCCGUGGACUGGCAAGAAAAUUUGACAUCAUUCCAACUCUGACUGCAAUUGGAUCUGGGGUGGGGAUCUUUGGAGUGGCAACUGUAAUAUGUGACCUUGUGUUGCUGUACCUAUUGCCCAAGAGAGAUUUCUACAAGAACAUGAAGUUCAAAUCAACCACCAUGGAGGAGGAAGUUAAUGGCUGUGCGUCACCUGAGGGCGAUCUGAAUUUGGCAGACGUGACCACCAAAGACACAGCUCCGGUGAAGGUGGGAGUGAAGGCCAGCUCCCUACUCCAUGCUCCACAGCCCUCGUUCUCGGUCCUUCAGCAUCCCCUCCAAAAACCCUUCCGUCAGCCUCACUGCUGAUUCAACUGACGGCACUGAGAAGAGCACAUCAUCACACAGACACACACUGGAGUAGAUUAUGGACACUGAAUCAAAGCCACUCUUCACAGUGAUGAGACUAUGUUCCUUUGGACUUAAAACAGUGGAAAUCACAGGUCAUGUUUUUUUUCCCAUAUAAAUAAUGUGGACCUGUUAUCUCUGUCUCUUGGGCAUGUUGUUGUGGGUGGACAAUGAUCACACACUAGUCAUUUCACAAGGGAGAUGUCAUACAAUCACAACUUUUCGGUCAAAUGCCCUCAGGUUGCUCCAAAGUCGACUGAAACAUUGUGAUUGUGAUCGCAGGAUGGACCAUGUGUGAGAUUUUUUUAUUAUCAUUAUUUUAACUAAGUUGUUCACUGUCAGUCACCACCAAGUCCAACACACCUGUUAUUUUUGAGGUCUGCGAAAAAUGUUUUGAAGUUGUUGUUGGAUCUGUUCGGACAUUUCAUUCGUAAAGGCCUUUGGGGCGGGAUGGUAUUUAAUUCAGGUCAAUGUUCUGUCCAUAGCACAUGAGCACAUAUAAAUAAAAAAAACAUAUUCUUUGAAAGGGUCUACAUAAGGGUGUCAUGUAACCUUCAUUAGAAUGACAUAACACAUCAGGAACAUCAAUUAAUGUUUCUGACAUGUGUCAUGAUGACACAUUAUUAAUGUUUACGAUUGUUGUAAUGUGUCAUUCGUUUUUGGGAUGU